AGCGGUGCGGUUGUUGGUCCACGUAGCACUGUGUCGUCAUUUCUGUCGUCGGUGCGACUCGUCGAUUCUUUGGCGGACAUAUUUUCGCGCCUGGGACAACAUUAAUCCAGUGAGCAAAGUGCUUAUGAAGUCAAUACAAAACAAAAGCAAAAAGAAUCGCAAUAGCAUAUACUUACCAUCUCAUCUGGUCCCGUCGUUUUGUGUGUUUAUGUGAGGCAGCAUUUUGCCUGAAAAUGGUACGUUGAAAACAAAUUAAAGUGACAAAAAGGUGUCAGGAUUAUAAAAACCCCCGCAGUACCGUCUGUGGGUUAAGAGUUGUGUGAGUGUGUGGGAAAAAGAAACCCACUGAGUGAAGAAAAAAACACAACCUACCGCGCCCCAUAGUUCACCACGGGCAGUGCAUAAAUUAAGCGCUUUACAAUUGCGAAAUCUCAUUUGUCGCCAACUCCGUCGGGAACGGUCGAGCCAUCGUCGUAGUGGUAAUAUCCAUACUUUGUGUUUUGCGUACUUUGUUCGUGCGAUCCAAGGUUGCGUGUGUGAUAUUUUGACAUUUCGGUUGCAAACAGCUUGACAGUUGUGUGCUAAGAAAAGACGAGAAGGAGAAGAGUGUGCCGUUUUGGUGUUUGUUUUACUCAAAUAUUCUAGAAAGGACGAAAACGGGUGAAUUUUCCUUAUUUAAAAUCGACCCAAACGGACGCGCAGUGUGCGUGUGUCGUGUGUGACAAUCAGCGAGAAUGAGAAACAACGUUCUGAGCAGCAAGAACACAAACAACAACAACACGAUGGGUUCCUUCUACGAAGACAAUAACGCGCAGUUCGUCCCCUCGUCGGCCUCCGGUGCGUCGGCGGUCGCAUCCGGCAACGGGUUGAAACGGCCCGCAACCUUGGAGCUGAACCCGUCCGCCGGAAAGGCGCGCAGGACGCGGUUCAAUGCAUCCGUGACCGUGCCCUCGGUGCUGCCCUCGCCCGACAUGCAGCUGCUGAAGCUGGUGUCGCCCGAGUUGGAGAAAAUCAUCAGCCACAAUGCCGCCCUGCCGACGCCAACGCCCGGUGCCAUCAUUUUCCCACCGUCCGCCAGCGCCGAGCAGCAGCAGUUCGCUAAGGGCUUCGAGGAUGCGCUCAUGAACAUCCACAAAAAGGACACGUGCAAUAAGCUGAACACGAGCAAUAACAACAAUAGCAGUACGAGUAAUAACAACAAUAACAGUAGCAUAGGAAAUAGCAGCAAUCAGCAGCCGACGAGCAUCGUCGUUUCGUUGGCGGAACAGGCGCAGCUGUGUCCCACGACCACGGCGACAAGCGUCAGCAAUUCCGUCCUGUCCGCGGGCCUUAAUGGUAUGAGCGGCGGUGAGAUGACGUACACAAAUCUUGACAGUUACCCAGGGCUGGUGAAGGAAGAACCGCAGGCCACCUCGGCCAACCAGUCACCACCGGUCAGCCCGAUCGACAUGGAGUCCCAGGAGCGCAUCAAGCUCGAGCGGAAGCGGCUAAGGAAUCGGGUGGCCGCCUCCAAGUGCCGCCGGCGGAAACUCGAACGCAUCUCCAAGCUGGAGGACAAAGUGAAGGAGCUGAAGACACAAAACUCCGAGCUCGGCAGCAUGGUGUGCAACCUGAAGCAGCACAUCUUCCAGCUGAAACAGCAAGUGCUCGAGCACCACAAAUCUGGCUGUACGAUAACGCUGGUGGGAAAGUUCUGAAAGUCGCGGCAAAUACAUCCCGCGUGUUUCUCCAUUGCUUACGGGUGAUCUGACCAACACCCCUUUCUCUCUCUCUCUUUACCUAUCUUUAAACGUUUAUCUAAAUCUUCCCACUAUCGUGCCGAGCGUAGAGAGUGUACCUCCCGGAAUGCCGUCAACCCUCUGUUUGCAUGUCCUUCCUUUUGGCUUGGCUUUUAGUGAAACACACCCAUGCGCGAGAGGACGCAACGGAGGGAGGAGGUAGAGGAAAUCGCGGCGUACCAAUCGGGCAUUGGUACACUCCGGUACGCGGAGACCGCAUUUCCAAGUGCGUUUUAAGGGGAUUCCCCAGCUUUUGAAGGUGACGAACAACAUAAACUCAUACACACACACACACAAAGAAACACACACGUACACGUACAUGCACACGCGUAUACAAAGCUAAUUGCCAUUGUGAGACACAGAAAUGCCUUAAACGUAUUGUAAUUUCAUAGCAUAAGGAAAGGAAUUCAACGGUGGAUAAACAUAGCGUUAACCAGUACGAUAAAUAUAUAUACACUUAUAUAUUUUGUCGGGCUUACAAAAGUGACAAAUGCCCGAGCUUUUCUGCAUGCUUUGGCGAGUAAAAGGACAAGCAAUGGGUCGUGAGGAAUAUUAGCCUUUAAGCCAGGAGAUAAUAGAAAUCGUAGGCAAGGAUGGGAGAGUUCCAAGAGUUUUUUUAGACAUUAAGAUCGUUCGAUAGAAACAAGUGCUUCUAGUCGUUUGGAUUGAGCUUUGAUGGGCGCUGGUUUCGGCUCGAUUCCGUUCAUGUUUCUGUGUGAAUGUCCGUGUGUGUGUGUGUGUGUGUGUGUGUAUGUGAGUGGGUGGUGUAAGGAAGUCUAGUGUCAUACCCCAUAAGUCUAUAUUGUGCACCACAUAUGCAUUUGGUGCAGUUUUAAUUAGCAAUUUAGGGACGUUAAGAGUUCGAUUGGUUCCUCUAAAGCAAAGUUUAUAUUUUAAUGAUCGGCCAUCUGCUUUCCCGCCCAGGCAGAUAACGUUAUCAUACAACUGAUACUCCAGUCUUACCAAUUACCAGUUUGUAGUAGUCCCAUUCACUGAUUCCGUUUGUUUCACUUUUGUAGCACACUGUCUCUUGUGCACACACACCCACACGGCCGCUUUUAACAAACAGAAAUAUUUAUCCUAAACCUGUAUUUUUAUCAUUUUUAAUUAGCCUAUCCCAAAUCGAUUGGAGUAUAGGUUCAUUUUCUGCAAUCCGUUGUUGUUAAGUUUGUCCAGUUGGGAAGCCAAUCAAAACAAGUCGGAAGAAACAGAUUUGCCAUAGCAGAAGAACGUGGCCGGACGAGCGGGUAGAGAAGGAAGGAAAAAAGGGAACAUGGCCACAGGGGGGAGAGUGUAAGCGUAGUUCCGUAAGCACUAGGAAGGUACAGCUGUGUAGAAUGUACUUGUCCACCGCAUCGAGCGGGUUGGAUGGCGCCUCGAUUCUCAGAUAGAUUUUGUACGUAUAGUGAAUAAGGAAGUCGGGGUAGGUCCGAGGGAGGGGUGCAUUCACGAGAACAAAGAAUCAAGGGAAAUGAAACGAAAAAAGGGCAAACGAUGCAAAUCACUACACAGAAUGCAAUUACUCUUAGCUAGCUUAUAAGCACCAUGUGCUGUGUAGAGUCAUUGGAAUAUUUAUUCGUAAGCGUUUUUACUUUCGUUUCUACUUUAUUUUUGAAGAUAUUUACAAAUAAAACAGAUUAUUAUUUUCCUAAACUG